AAAAAAAAAUCGGGCGAACCAACCCGGUCGAUGCAAUCAAAGAAAUUAACCCAGAGUUGUCUGUAAAAACGAGAAAAAACUUACCCUCUCGUUAAAAAUAGGAAUUGAUAACGUCGAGUACACAGCACAGGGGGGUGUCUCUCUCGGUGCAGAUUCGUCGAUAAAACUGCGAGAGGCAGCGAUUGGCGCGGGCGCACCACCCAACCCGACAACCUCCCACAUAUAGAGCUCUCGCGCUCCUUUGCACUGUCCAGCCCAAACAGUGCGCCGCUCCAGCUUAGCUCGAUAACCUACUCUCCCGACCACACAACCCCUUCGAUUGUACAUAUUUCUCCAGGGGUCCCCAUCGUGUACGCAAUCACCGUUUGACAGACAUCAGGAAAGUAAACACAAUAAACAUCAUCCAUCAGCUGUGAACGGUGUAGAGAGCAGACGCAGAAGGCAAUGUCGUCGCGCUCGUGUUUGUUGGUGGCGCGGCAGGGAGCGACGGCAGGAGGGGGGAGCCGCUGCUGCCGGCAAUUGAGUGAAUUGAGCAGCCUGAAGACGACGACGUCGAGAACCGCGAGCGGUGCUUCCCCGACCAUCAGUGCGUCAUCGCCAGUGGCACGGCGCGGUUUACUCUCGAUAACAAGAAUGACGGGUGGCGCUAACAACGUGGUCCGCUCGCGCGACGCGUCCUCCGGACAGCACCAACGCGUCCUCACCGAGGACAAUGUGUACGAGAACCUCGUGAAGAUGGAGUACGCGGUGCGUGGGCCGCUGCUCAUUAGGGCUAUUGAGAUCGAGAAGGAACUCACAAAGGGAGCAAAGAAGCCGUUCAAGGAGGUGCUCAAGGCAAACAUCGGCGAUGCCCACGCGAUGGGCCAACAGCCCAUUACCUUCCUCAGGCAAGUUCUCGCCCUGGCCAUUUACCCCAAGCUCCUGGACGAUCCCAGUUUUCCAGAAGACGCUAAGGAACGCACGAGGACGAUACUCGAUGGCUGCAAGGGCUCGAGCAUAGGCUCGUACUCGGAGUCGUCGGGAAUCGAAAUAAUCAGGAAACACGCGGCCAAGUACAUCGAGGAGCGUGACGGCGGUAUCCCCAGUAAUCCCAAUCAUAUAAUGCUGUCCAACGGAGCCUCCGAUGCAAUCAAGUCGUUCCUGAAGCUGUUCAACGAGCGGAUAAAUGGCAAGCCAACCGGGGUCAUGAUCCCCAUACCCCAGUACCCGCUGUACUCGGCGGCGCUGGCCGAGUUUGGGCUUCACCAGGCCGGCUACUACUUGAACGAGGACAACAAGUGGUCGCUGGACGUGAGCGAGUUGGAGAACACGUACAGCGAGGCUCAGCAGCACAGCAAUCCCCGCGUCCUUGUCGUCAUCAAUCCGGGAAAUCCGACCGGCCAGGUGCUCUCGCGGGAGAACAUCGAGGACAUCAUUAGGUUCGCCUACAAGAAACGGCUCUUCCUUCUCGCCGACGAGGUGUACCAGGACAACAUCUAUCACAAGGACUGCUGCUUCCACUCCUUCAAGAAGGUCAUGAACGAGAUGGGCGAGCCCUUCUCCAAGAUGGAGCUCGCAUCCUUCAUGUCGAUAUCGAAAGGAUACAUGGGCGAGUGUGGUUUGCGGGGUGGUUACGGCGAGAUCGUCAACAUGGACCCAAAGGUCUUUGCCAUCCUGAUGAAAUCGAUAUCGGCAAUGCUGUGCCCGACGACGGUCGGUCAAGCAGCUAUGGACGUGGUCGUUAAUCCGCCGAGGCGCGGCGAGCCCUCCUACGAACAGUUUCUCAAGGAAAAGGAGGAGACCCUCAAGUCGCUGGCCGAGAGGUCGCGACUCGUCGUCGACACUUUGAACUCGAUUCCUGGAUUCUUCGCUAAUCCAGCUAUGGGUGCGAUGUACGUGUUCCCGAGGAUCGACCUGCCCGAGAAGGCGAUCAAGGCAGCCAAGGCGGCCGGUCAGCACCCCGACGUUUUUUACGCCUUCAAGCUUCUCGAGAGUACAGGGAUCUGCGUCAUUCCUGGCUCGGGCUUUGGCCAACGGCCCGGCACCUAUCACUUCCGCACGACUAUACUGCCCCAAAAAGACAAGAUCAAGACGAUGCUCGGAAGCCUCAAGGAAUUUCACGAAAAGUUCAUAAAAGAGUACUCUUAGAUUUUAUAAAAAAA